AUGGCCGCUGCGCAGAACGGAACCGUGUUGCACGGAGAGGCAGACAUGAAGCCUAACAACUCUGUGCCCGAAGACGAAACCCAAGAUCAGAUCGGCUCAAACGGGUCCACUCCCACUGGAAUCGCUACCCCUCAGCCAGAUCCCGCAGACAAGCGUCUGCCCUCCAUCAUGCACAACUACUUCCAGGUUGGUUCCUUCUCCGGUGAUCGAUUAAGCCUACCGCGUCUAUGGCCAUGUCUUGCGAAACCCUUUUCGGAGCACCCAGACCCGGGUGCUUCUUCUGAGUCCUUUGUCGUUUUGCAUCGAGAGGAGGGGUCUGAUAAGAUCGAGGCAAAUUUGCCUACACCCCCUCAUUCUCUAUUACAGUCAGAUGAGAUGGAUCUCAGCUCGAGUCCAGACAUGACUGCGGGGUCGAUUUUUAAUACCCUCAAGAAAUACCUCAUUCCCCAUGAACAUGAACAUGAAUCUCCUUCCCGCCGUCAAACUUCCCUGCCAGUCUCUAGCGUUUCAGACGACCCCGUUCUUGCCACACACUUCUCCAAUCCUUCUCUCCCUGCACAAGACGCCUGUUCCCUCACCGAAACAUCGUUACUCGACCACGGGAAACCGCAUGUCUCAGUAUCUUCCGAGAACCUUACCAAGCUGACUGGAACCGCACCCGAUGCGGUGCGUCUAAAGAAUACCCCGCCGCUUACCCCCCGUACGAUGUCCAACGAGGAGGAGAAAAAGACGCCAGUGACCUCGGCGCCCCGUAAAUCUGAAUCCGAAACCGAUCCCGAGAAUGAGGAAACCAAGGCCGAGACCCGGGACACCUCCACCGAUGAAAUUACGAUGAAACUUGAUGAGGCAUUCCCCCGCCAACCCUCGCCCCAGAAUGGACCGCCCGUGCUCCCGCUGAAGGGUAAACUUACCGUGAAAAUCUCCGAAGGCCGCGGCCUGCGUCCCAGUGUGGAUCCGUAUGUGGUGUGUGUCUUUGAGUGGAACGAAUAUAUUUCCAAGGGUACCAAGGAUGGAGAGGAGGAAGACGAGAAGAAGCGGCGCCAGAUCGAGUCGGAUGCGGAAGCUGGUCGGCCAAUGGCCAUUCCGAUGCGCAGCCGUCAAAGCAGUAACAACAGUGCUUUUGAAGGGGCUGAGAAGGGCAAGUCGCCCAUCACUGAUCCCCACUGGGAUCACGCAGCUGUUUUCGUUCCUCGGCCAUGUUCGACUGAGCAUUAA